AUGGGCUUCUUCGACCCCAAACACAAGGGCAAGCUCCACCUUGUGCAAGUUCUCCUCGUUGUCGGCGUACUUGGAAUGGGUGGCGCUCGUCUCUUGAUGUCAAAUGGUCCUACGUCAAGAGCAGACACAAUGGCUCUUGGAAUGGGUGCCAAGUCACUCAUCAUCAUUGGCUACCAAGUAUUUUCAGAACCUGGUCGCUGGCUCAGGCGGUUUGAAAGCUUGAAAGCCAACUUCAUCUUAAACAUUGUCGAAGUAGCCGCUUGGGGUGCGGUCGUAUACAUGGUCAUCUCAAGCACUUUGAAACAGUGCGAUGGGUUUAAAGGCACGAGUUGCAUGCUAGCCUGGGGCGUGAUCGCACUUGCGGGCAACAUCUGUGCCGUAUCCGCUGUUGCCGUCUUCAUGUCGUAUAAGGAGCUCCGCAUGCGGCGCGAAACCAGGCCCGGAAAGGGUGACUUUGAAAGUCUCCCAGGGGAUAGCGAUAUGCACGCACUUCGCCCGGUUUACCAACCCGCGGCCCAGCAACAAGGCGUAGAUCAAUCCGGAGUUUAUCAAUCAGGACAAUACCAAGGAGGAGCCUACCAACAAGGGGCUGACCAACAAGGGGCCUAUCAACCAAGAGGUUACCGACCGGGAGCUCGUCAAUAG